GAAGAAAAAAAGGUCCUGAUUUUAGUUUUCCAGAACGCGCCCGCCGCUUGCGCAAGCCGCGUCUCGAUGCAGAGGCUGCGCGCGAGAGUAUGUGUGCGCCUUCCUGAGGGAGACGGAAAUCGGGUUUAACUUGGGAUUUAACUCGUGUUUCGUGUAAUUUGGGAUAUAUAUGAUUAACCGCGAUUUUCUGAACCGAAUGGAUGCGGGAAUGAUGCCUCUCCGUGUCGGGAGUUCCUUUCUGUGCCUCUUUGUAGCGGUGAUGAGCUCUGUGAUACAUACCAGCUUCUCCCUGCCUCAUUACGGAGACGCCUUGGUAAAGACGAGGGCUCGGCGUGAUGUCGCCAGGUUCCUCGGGAGAGAGAACACGGUACCGGUCCGCUUGGUGUACCGAGUGGAUGGAGACAGUCAGGCCGCUCAUGAUGUUCUCAACACACGGCUUCGAUUGAGAUCUGACAGUAAACAGAACCACAUGGCACAGGCUAGCUUCCAGGUGCAGGCCUUCGGACAGACCUUCAUUUUAGACGUGGAACUAAACCAUGAUCUUCUAUCAUCAAAUUACAUUGAGAGGCACAUAUCAGAGGAGGGGAAUUCAGUUGUCAACAAAGGUGGAGAACACUGUUACUACCAUGGGAAAGUGCGUGAUAUUCCGAAGUCAUAUGUGGCGCUUUCAACUUGCCAUGGAUUACAGUAA